AUGGAAAUAUCAGUGGACACAACUCCAUGUCUAAAGUGUGAACUAGGUUCACCCAAGGUCAAAGAAGGGAAUAUUGAAGUUUUCACCACCGUGAUUCCGUCCAAGGUGUCCAGUCCGUCCAGGAGAAGAGUCAAAAGCUCUCAGCAUCUCUUGACCAAGAACGUGGUGAUCGAGUCGGACCUGUACCCGCCAAGACCCCUGGAGCUGCUGCCUCAGCGCUGUGAGCGCCGGGAUACAGGCGACCGCAGGUUUGGCCGACUGCAGACCGCCAGGCCAUCCGGGACGCAUCCCACCAAAACCCCGGUCAGGCCUGCGGGCAUUCCUGAGCCCAAAGCUUCGAAUCUGUGUGGGAACCGAGCAUAUGGAAAAUCAUUGAUUUCUCCGGUGGCCCGGAUCUCAGUGAAGGCUCCAGCUGUGGUAGAGGUGACCGCCAAGGGCUCAGAAAAAGGAGCUGUUCUGGGAAGAGGAUCCAGACACCUCAAGAAGAUAACAGAAGAGUACCCAACCCUUCCCCAGGGAGCAGAAGCCUCCCUGCCACUAACAGGCAGUGCUUCCUGCGGUGUCCCUGGCAUCCUACGGAAAAUGUGGACCAGGCAGAAGAGGAAGUCUGAAUAUGUGGGAGCCACCAACAGCGCCUUUGAAGCCGACUAAAGGCGCCUUACAUUGGCCAAGGGUCACAGAAGGAGAGAAGACUUGAGGAUUGGGAUUGAGCCCCCCUCCCCUCUGCUGGUUGCUAGUCCAAAAACAUCACCCUCCUCACUCUCUGGUAUGGAACAUGAAAAAUAAUGAAAGUAACAUCCUGGGAAGGCAGGAAAGCCGUUCCCCCAAACUGCUGAAGUCAUUGGUUUAGUCUUGUUGUGAGAUUAUAAAGGCUGUACCCCUAUCUUUAGAGGAACCAUACCAAAAGCAAACCUUCUUGACCCCUUUGAAAGCCCUCCAAGGAAAACAGAAGGCAGUUGUUCUGUCUCCUUUGAGAGCUUUUUCUGGUGUAAAUGUAAAAGCUUGGUUCUAAGGUACUCCUAACACAACGGUUCUUACGUUCCCCAUUUCAUGCUUCUUUUGCCUUGGUGAGACACGAAGCACCUUGUCUUUGCUUUGUUCUAAUAGCUACUUAACAGCAUCAUCUCUGCUUUGCUAACCACAGGCAUGGUGGCAUGCGUUAUCUCACGUGAGGUUUUUCUAUAGAAAAGCACUUAUAACUUCCAUGUUAAUUUUAGGGUCUUGUAUUUUGUGAACUUUGUGCAAUGCUGUCAACCCCGGGAGUGUUUUCUCAUUUGUUGUCUCUACCUUCGUGAAACCACUGUUAAGAAAACACAGUUGUUCCCAGCUUACAGAUGGGGAGACUGGCGUCUCUGGGUGUCAUGUGACUGGACAGCAGGGUGUGAGACUGUCACCAGGUCUUAGCUUCUCUCUAAUAACUGAUUUAAGGGAGGUUUUAAAUGGAGAGAAGACUCUGAUAAAGGUGGAACUAGAAAGUGAUUUGAAUGACACACAUCAUUAUGCAUCAGUAUGAUGGCCGUGGUAGCGGAGGAGGAGAUCCCAGCUUCCCAAGAGGGUCAGGCAGAAGGAUCGAACGUUCGAAACACGCCUGGACAGCUUAGCAAGACCCUGUCUCAAAAACAACACACACACACACACACACACACACACACACACACACGCACACGCA